UUCACUUUAUCUCAGCCAUGGCGCCCCUAAUCAGCGCAAGCCCCCCUUCCCCCACCAUGCCGCGGCCGUAGAACUUAGAACUCCUUCCCACCAAGACUCCUCUCCCGAUCUUUUUCUUUCUCCUCUCCUAUCUUCUUUUUGAUCUCGAAAGGAGGUCCGAGCUCCUUGGAUCUCCGGCGAGUUCUUGCCAACUUCUUGCUCUACUCCCUUCGCGGAAGCGUGUACUUAGACCGAGCAAGAAGGUAUUCAGAUCUUGUUUUCCCUCUCUUGAUUUGUUUCAGGAACUGGAGAUUGUUUCGUUCUUGAACCCAUUUCUUGUGGAUUCUUGUUUCUUUUUUUUUUGGAAACCCUUGUUUUAUUUCGUUCUCUUGUCUCUGUGAUUUUGGGUUGCUGAUCAAUUUGCGCUUUCUUUUUUGUUUUUCUUUUUGAUCUACGGAUUCAUAUGCUUCGGAGGCUUACUAGCGGUUUAAUUUUACAUCGGUGCCCUGUUUUUUUGAUCAGUAGGAAAGAGUAGUUUCCUGUGUGCGUCUGAGGCGGUUCUUUCUUUGAACACCUUGCCUCUGUUGGUGGAAUCUUUAGAUUUGGAAGGUGAGUCGAAGCUUUAGCUGUUUAAUGGAUGCUGUGUCUGUUAAAUCUAGGAGAUAGUGAUUUCUAGGGCUUGGGUUCGUCAGAGUAGGUUUUUUCUCCGAUCUCGUCUUUAUUUUAUUAGACUCGAUUCCCCCCUUGUGUGAUCUGGUUCAUAGGUGCGAGUAGUUAGACAAGAGGUGUGGUGUUCUUGAAGGCAACGGAAUGUGUGCCUUCUCUUCUUGUAUAAGGAAGCGUUUUCUGCUGCUCUGUUCUAGCACCAUUGUCGGUCAUUUUGAGUCUGGUUGAUGGGAAGGGUUGAUCAAGAAAGCCCCGAUGGGGCUGGGAACAAAGGGAUGGCGGAGCUAAACUAUCACGUCCUGGAUGAACACAAGGAAGUUGGCCAUGGCAUCGUGAGGGAGGGUCAGGGGCUCUCAGGAGAAGAUGAGUCGAGGAUCAACGAGGCAGCAGAAGAUUUGAACAAUGACCAAGAAGGCUAUGGGGCAGUCCCAGCAGCACAGAAACAGCAACAGAUACCAGGGCCAAUCAUUCGGUGGGAGAGGUUUCUCCCCGUCAGAUCACUGAAGGUCCUGCUUGUGGAGAAUGAUGAUUCCACCCGUCAAGUUGUCAGUGCCUUGCUCCGUAACUGUAAUUACGAAGUUACUGCUGUUGCAAAUGGGCUUCAAGCAUGGAAAAUCUUGGAAGAUCUUACAAAUCAUAUUGACCUUGUCUUGACUGAGGUAGUCAUGCCUUGUUUAUCUGGCAUUGGUCUUCUAAGCAAGAUCAUGAGCCACAAAACUUGCAAGAAUAUUCCCGUUAUUAUGAUGUCAUCAAAUGAUUCCAUGGGUAUAGUCUUUAAAUGUUUGUCAAAAGGUGCAGUUGACUUUUUGGUGAAGCCUAUUCGCAAGAAUGAGUUAAAAAACCUUUGGCAGCAUGUCUGGAGGAGAUGUCAAAGUUCUAGCGGCAGUGGCAGUGAAAGUGGCAUCCAAACCCAAAAAUCUGUUAAGUCAAAGAGUACUGAUGACUCAGACAAUAAUAGUGGCAGCAACGAUGAUGAAGACAAUGGGAGCAUUGGCUUGAAUAUUAGAGACGGAAGUGAUAAUGGUAGCGGAACUCAGAGUUCCUGGACAAAAUGUGCAGUGGAUGUGGACAGCCCCCAAUCUAUGUCUCCAUCAGAUGAGUUAUCUGAUCCACCUGAUAGUACCUGUGCUCAGGUCAUUCACCCAAAACCUGAAACAUUCUGUGAUGAUUGGGUGCCUAUGACUGCCGAUAGAGAGUGCAAAGGACAAAAGGAGUUUGCUGCAGAUGAUUUCAUGGGCAAAGACUUGGAGAUUGUAGUACCCAGGAAGCCAGAUACACAAUAUGAAUCAUAUCCAACUGGGCAGGUUUCUACCAAGUUAACAGGCACAAGUAUGGACAAAUUGCCUGAAAGUGACCCAAAAAAUGAGGGUAUAUUGGGACUUGAUAACAACAACAUGUCUGAUGAACCAAGCACUCAAGCUGCUGAUCCGAUUGGUGCAACCACCAAUAGCAUUGAUCCUCAACUGGUAACCAUAGCUAUGAAGGCACCUAAUGGCUUCUCCAAGAUCACUGAAGGCAAAGAUAUAACUUCUGAUGGCUCCAUGGAGUUACCAUCUCUUGAGUUGAGUUUGAAGAGGCUGAGAUCAACAGGACAGGAUGGAACUGCCACUCAUGAUGACCGCAAUGUUCUAAGACGUUCAGAUCUGUCAGCGUUCUCAAGGUACCAUACUUCUGCUACUUCUAAUCAAGCCCCUACCGGACAUGGAGGUAGCUGUUCUCCACUUGACAACAGCUCAGAGGCAGUGAAGACGGAGUCUACAAACAAUAUGAUAUCUAAUUCAAAUGCUGCUCCUCUAAAACGGGGCUCUGAUGGCAGUAGUAACAACAACGAUAUGGGCUCCACCACCAAUAAUGUCUUCACCAAAGCAGUUGCUUGCAAGGAAAAAGCAGCAUCCACAUCAGCAGUCAAGUGUAUCCAACCCUCUUCAGCCUUUCAUCCUGUGCAGUUUCGAGCAUCUACCCAGCAAGGUAUGCAACAGAAAGUUGACGAUUUGACAGCUGCAUCAAUUGGACAGCCAAGAGAGAUCCAACGUCAAGUCCAAGUGCACCAUCACCAUCACCACUAUCAUCACCAUCAUCAUAUCCACAGCAUGCAGCAGCAGCAGCUGCUGCAGCCACCAGACCAUGAUGACAUAUCUCUCAAGGAUAUGGCAACAGCUGCUCCACAAUGUGGAUCAUCUACUAUGUUCACAGGACCAGUGGAAGGUAAUGCUGCAAAUUUUAGCGUAAAUGGGAGCAAUUCAGGAAGCAAUCAUGGGAGCAAUGUGCAGAAUGGAAGUAGUACAGCUGUCAAUGCUGUAGGAAUGAAUAUGGAGAUUGCUAAUGGUAUUGCAGACAAGAGCACAGCUGGAGGUAGUGGUAGCGGGGUAGAUCAGAACCGUUUUGCAUGGAGAGAAGCUGCCCUGAAGAAAUUUAGGCAGAAAAGGAAAGAAAGAAACUUUGGAAAGAAGGUCCGUUACCAAAGCAGGAAGAGACUUGCAGAGCAGCGGCCACGCGUGCAUGGACAAUUUGUGCGGCAGUCUUUUGAAGAACAGGGAGGCCAGGAAGAAAACAGAUGACAUCAUUGACGCUGUCAUUUGGGUACAAAAUGUUGGCAAUUAGACAAUUGAAAUUUCUUGAUUUAGAGCAGCUCAUUGAUGGGUGGCGCGUAGGAUCCAGGUUGUGGGAACAUAAUAAUAGGAUUUGAUGUGUCCCAUAACUUCGAUGACUGCUACAUGGAUGUUUGUCACCCUUGAAAGGGUGGCUACCGUUGUACUGAAGAAAAGGGGGUAGCUAUCAGCUGUACUCGUACGGGCAUGUUGGCGGUACUGUUUUUAUGGUUUGCGUUGUUCAAGUCUGCAUGUUAUUGUUAUCCUGUUUCA